AUGGCUUUUUGCUGCGCUGAUUGCACCUACACGCAUCACAGAACUCUCACCUCUUCUUACUACUUUGACUGUUAUACGUAUUUUGACAAUCAAUCAUCAUUCGACUUCCACGAAGUCAUCUGCCCACAACAAGCUCCAGCAAUGUUACCUCGAAGCGAUCAAUUCUUACGUCCACCACCGCCACUUGGCCUAGAGUUUCCACCAUCUCAGCCACAGUUCGUGGAACCACCGCAAGUCGCAGGAACCCAGAAAACAGUGUAUAUCAUAUCCUGGUCCAGCGAAAGAGUAUACAAUGAUCCGCAUGGCAUGUCAUCGCUGGAUCGAGUGCUCCCCCCUCGCGUACCCGCCCUUUUCACAAUCUGGUGCCAGAAAUGGCGACCCCCUGUCAGUGAGAUUUGCGAGAUGUACUCUGGGGUGAGUCCGCAGGUGCAAGAUGUCAUCUUGGAAAGUCGGACCGCGAAUAGGCACAUCAAGUAUGCAGUUACCAAAAUCAUCAACUACCUCAAUGCCGGUUAUCACGUGGCACAUGUACAGACGACGUGCCAUGCAGGAACGCAUCGCAGUGUUGCUACGGCGGAGAUUAUUGGGCAGGAGAUGAGAAGAAGAGUUUCCAACGUCCUUUCUUCACCCCAUAAAAUCUUCCCACACGUGCUGAGUUCGCAAUGGCGGCCAAUUGCAAACUGUACCACUGUUACUCCACGCGAUACAACUGCCUUGGUCAACAAUUGGCGAAGGCACACAUGUGCCACCUCAGAUCACUUCCAGAGCGGGCUCUCCCGCCCAAAGAUUAUCCUCGUCUCACAUCCUCGCGUACCUGGCUGCAGCUACAGUCAGACGCCUCGUUCAAUGUCACUCAUUUGCCACGGACGAUCGGGACCAGAACAUCCCCCUCAUUGUCUCACCUGUCACCCAUCCUGCGAUACUCUUGUUCGAGUGAGACGGGCGGUACAACGAUGCCUGACUUGCCACCAGGAGCUUCCUUACGAUCAAACACGUCAAGUUGCGGUGAAGGCUUCGCUCAGAGCGCCUACUCGACUCGCCCUGGGGGGUAUCAAAACCGCAGCUCAGAACUACGAAGCGGCACGAUACGCCUUGAUCGGGCCAUAUGACGGCGCCCAAAUCGUCGACAGGCGCCACGUACACUUCGACAUACCCGCCUUCAAGGCUAGAAAACGGUGUCUUUCAUUGUGCGAUGCCGGUAAUGAGGAAAGACGGUAUCAUCCUGAAGCCGAGCGCCAGACACGACAACGUGCUACUCGGCAUCCCUACAACGGUGACGACAAGGAUCACACCGUCUACAGUGACUUUUUGGCCCACCAAUCUAGACGACGCAUCACAUCCUCUGGCUCCGACAGGACCAUCUACCGCCAGCCACCAGCAACCCAAUCCACACUCAUCACCAACCCUCACAAGCCUCCUGCCCACCCCUACAACACUUUACCCAUGGUUCCACCUCCCCCGCCCCUGACUUUCCACCCUUCCCUUCCAACAGUCUACAUCAUAACCUAUUCCACUACCACCUACCCCGACAACAUCUCCUCCCUCCUAACAUCCCAACUUCCCCCCUGCUCCCCCCCAAUCCCCCACCUCUACACCAUCGACGCCCGCCCCUUCACCCCUCCAUCCCCCUCCAUCUGCUCCUUCUACUCCGGCAUCGCCCCACUCGUCCAAGACAUCGUCUUGAAAGAUCCGCGUGCCACCAAGGCUGUACGUCGCGCUGUCCGUGACGUUUUGCAGUUCUUCUACAUCGGUGACGGAAACGGCAAGGGAAACGGCGGAGACGGCAAUGGCAACAGCAACAAGGAAACGGGCUUAGAGUUGGCGCUCAGUGUGUGUUGUGUUUUUGGGACGCAUCGGAGUGUAGCAGUUGCGGAGAAGAUUGCGCAGGGGGUGAGGGGGAAAGUGGGGAAGAGCGGGGGUAGGAUAAGGGUGGUUUGUAGGCAUGUUUGUAGGGUUAGGGGGGUUGAGGAUCCUUUUUGA